GCUGUAGAAUAAAGGUGGGUGUGUCUGGUCCCAAGAAGAUCGAGCUAGCUAGAUGGAGGAGCAUAGAAAUCUCUGGAUGGAGCUUGAUCUGGUUGAGAUGAUGACAUUUGUGGGUUGUAUGGUGGCUGUCAAUAGUCUAGUGUUUGUUCUGUGCGGUGCUUUAGAGCUGGUGGAGAGAUAUGACCUCUUCAGUGACCGCAAGAUCCACAAAACAGCUGCCAAGUGUGAGCAGCCCAGCGUACGUGCAGUGGUGAUCCAUAUGCUCAAGGUGCACUACAUCAUCCAGCCUCUAGGCCUGCCUCUGUUCUAUACCCUCAUGAAGUGGGGAGGAGUGAGGUUCACUGCACCCGGACCAUCCUGGCUGGAGAUUGUGAUCCACUUGGCAAUGAUAAUGCUGAUCGAAGACACGUGUUUCUACUGGAUACACCGCGCCCUGCACACACCCUUCCUCUACAAGCACGUGCACAAGAUGCAUCACGAAUACAAGCAACCUCACUCAUGGGCAGUCGAAUACAGCCAUAUUCUAGAGUAUACAAUUGCAAAUACUUUUGGUAUCUUCAUUGGUGCAGUCUUAAUACAUACUCACAUCUACACAUUCUAUAUAUGGAUAUUGAUUCGUACAGCUGAAGGUGUGGAUGGGCACUGUGGUUACAACUUCUGGUUUAGUCCAUUUCGAUAUUUCCCCUUUCGGCCCGGCAGUGAUGUGCACGAUUAUCAUCACUCUCAUAAUAUCGGUAACUAUGGAUCUCUGUUCACAUUCUGGGACUCCAUUUGUGGAACCAACAUCUCAUUCAGCAACUAUAUACAGAGGAAGAAAAUGGCGCUACAUUGAACUAAAAUAAUGAACAUUCUGUACAACCUGUAUAAUUAUGUGAUGUCAUAAAUAUUGCUUCAAAUAUAAUUUCAGUAUUUGCAACCCAA